CUAUGGUAACACUUUGCCGACUGAGGAUGGCAACACUGGUCAAUAUAAGCGAAUGAAUUCGGCGUCUUAAACCAAUUUUUAAAUUAUAAAUCGUGUUUUUUUUUCAAGUCGUCGGCCAUUAGGAAUCAUCCAAUAAGAUGUCGCAUCAUUAUGUUGUGACAGCCCAAAAACCUACAGCGGUAGUGGCCUGCCUGACCGGCAACUUCACGUCACCCACCGAUCUAAACUUAAUUAUUGCACGAAAUAAUCAGGUGGAGAUCGGUAUAGUUACGCCGGAAGGACUGCGUCCGCUUAAGGAGAUUAACAUAAACGGCACAAUUGCGGUAAUGAAGCAUUUCCGUCCACCAGAUAGCAACAAGGAUCUGCUCUUCAUAUUGACACGUCGUUACAAUGUUAUGAUACUAGAGGCCCGGAUGGUCGGCGACACCAUAACCGUGAUUACCAAGGCCAAUGGCAAUGUAUCCGACUCGGUGGGGAUACCCUCAGAGGGUGGAGUUAUAGCUGCAAUUGAUCCCAAGGCUAGAGUAAUCGGUAUGUGCCUAUAUCAGGGACUAUUUACCAUUAUACCAAUGGAGAAAGAUGCCAGCGAGCUGAAGGCCACCAAUUUGCGGAUGGAUGAACUAAUGGUCUAUGAUGUGGAAUUCUUGCAUGGUUGCCUUAAUCCAACAGUUAUAGUUAUACAUAAAGAUAACGAUGGACGCCAUGUCAAGUCACAUGAGAUUAAUUUGCGGGAUAAGGAAUUCAUGAAAAUUGCUUGGAAACAGGAUAAUGUAGAGACCGAGGCCACAAUGCUUAUACCCGUGCCAUCGCCCAUUGGUGGAGUCAUUGUAAUCGGACGCGAGUCGAUUGUGUAUCACGAUGGGAGCAAUUAUCAUGCCGUGGCUCCAUUAACCUUUCGUCAAAGCACUAUUAAUUGCUAUGCCCGUGUGGAUAGCAAGGGACUGCGAUAUCUUCUUGGCAACAUGCACGGUCAGCUGUAUAUGUUAUUUUUGGGCACAUCGGAGAGCAGUAAGGGUAUUACUGUCAAGGAUAUCAAAGUGGAGCAACUGGGUGAAAUUUCUAUACCAGAGUGUAUUACCUAUUUGGAUAAUGGUUUCCUAUAUAUUGGAGCUCGGCAUGGUGACUCUCAACUGGUGCGGCUCAGUUCUGAGGCCAUUGAAGGCUCCUACGUUAUUCCUGUAGAGAAUUUCACCAACUUGGCUCCCAUUCUGGAUAUAGCAGUCGUUGAUUUGGAUCGUCAAGGUCAGGGCCAGAUUAUAACCUGCUCGGGAAGCUUCAAGGAUGGCUCAUUGCGUAUUAUACGUAUCGGUAUUGGCAUCCAGGAGCAUGCUUGCAUUGAUUUACCUGGCAUUAAGGGCAUGUGGUCCCUGAAAGUGGGCACCGAUGAUAGCCCGUAUGAGAACACAUUGGUCUUGGCCUUUGUCGGUCAUACAAGAAUCCUAACGCUUUCUGGUGAGGAAGUAGAAGAGACCGAAAUACCUGGAUUUGCCAGUGAUUUGCAAACCUUUCUCUGCGCUAAUGUGGAGCAUGAUCAGCUUAUCCAAGUCACCUCGGAUAGUGUGCGCUUAGUAAAGAGUUCUUCAAAGUCUCUGGUAGCCGAAUGGCGACCAGAAGGCGAUCGCUCCAUAGGAGUCGUCUCUUGCAAUGGAACGCAAAUUGUUGUGGCAUCGGCUCGGGACAUUUUCUACAUUGUCAUUGAGGAUGGAAAUCUGCAGGAGAAAUGCCGCAAAACAUUGGCCUAUGAGGUUGCUUGUCUGGAUAUCACACCGCUGGAUGAAAAACAAAACAAAUCCGAACUGGUGGCUGUGGGCCUGUGGACAGACAUUUCGGCUGUAAUGCUGUCACUGCCCAGCUUAGACACGAUCUACACAGAGAAGCUAAGCGGCGAAAUAAUUCCACGCUCCAUUUUAAUGACCACCUUUGAGGGGAUUCAUUAUUUACUCUGCGCUUUGGGUGAUGGUUCCAUGUACUAUUUCAUUAUGGAUCCCAUUACUGGACAACUGACUGACAAGAAAAAGGUCACCUUGGGUACUCAGCCGACUACAUUGCGUACUUUCCGAUCGUUUGCCACGACCAAUGUGUUCGCCUGCUCGGAUCGGCCGACAGUGAUCUACUCAUCGAAUCAUAAGCUCGUUUUCUCCAAUGUCAAUCUCAAGGAGGUCAAUCACAUGUGCUCCUUGAAUGCUCAAGCCUAUCCAGAUAGCUUGGCACUGGCCACCAAAAACUCGGUCAUUUUGGGCACCAUCGAUGAGAUUCAAAAGUUGCAUAUACGCACUGUUCCUCUGGGUGAAGGACCACGUCGUAUUGCCUAUCAGGAGGCAUCGCAAACAUUUGCCGUUUCUACACUUCGCAUCGAUGUACAUGGACGUGGUGGACCCAAGCCGUUGCGGAGUAGUGCCUCAACUCGAGCACAGAAUAUCACUUGCAGUUCGAAUAUCUUGCCCAAGCCCGGUGGUGGAAAUUCCACGGCUGCCAAUGCAGAGGUGGGCCAGGAGAUCGAUGUUCACAAUUUGCUAGUGAUUGACCAGAAUACGUUCGAAGUGUUGCAUGCCCAUCAGUUUGUAUCUCCUGAAACAAUAUCGGCAUUAAUGUCAGCCAAGCUGGGCGAUGAUCCGAAUACUUACUAUGUGGUGGCCACAUCACUGGUUAUUCCCGAUGAACCUGAGCCGAAAGUGGGUCGCAUCAUCAUUUUUCACUAUCACGAUAACAAGCUCACCCAGGUGGCUGAGACCAAAGUGGAUGGCACUUGUUAUGCACUGGUUGAGUUCAAUGGUAAAGUCCUGGCCGGAAUUGGUAGCUUUGUACGACUCUACGAGUGGACCAAUGAGAAGGAACUGCGCAUGGAGUGCAACAUACAGAAUAUGAUUGCCGCAUUGUACUUGAAGGCCAAGGGCGAUUUUAUUUUGGUUGGCGAUCUAAUGCGUUCAAUAACGCUUCUGCAGCACAAACAAAUGGAAGGUAUAUUCGUGGAGAUAGCGAGGGAUUGUGAACCCAAAUGGAUGCGGGCCGUUGAGAUACUGGAUGACGAUACUUUCCUGGGCUCUGAGACAAAUGGCAAUUUGUUUGUCUGUCAAAAAGACAGUGCUGCUACCACAGACGAGGAACGACAAUUGCUGCCAGAGUUGGCGCGGUUCCAUUUGGGUGACACGGUCAACGUUUUCCGCCACGGUUCUUUGGUAAUGCAGAACGUAGGCGAACGCACCACGCCCAUUAAUGGCUGUGUACUUUAUGGCACCUGUAAUGGAGCUAUUGGCAUUGUUACUCAAAUACCACAGGACUUUUAUGACUUUUUACAUGGGCUCGAGGAGCGUUUGAAGAAAAUAAUUAAAUCGGUGGGCAAAAUCGAGCAUACUUACUAUCGUAAUUUCCAAAUCAAUACCAAAGUAGAGCCAAGUGAAGGUUUUAUUGAUGGCGAUCUAAUUGAGAGCUUUUUGGACUUGAGUCGCGACAAAAUGCGUGAAGCUGUCUUGGGACUUGAGCUAACCUUGUAUGGUGAACGCAAAAGUGCCGAUGUCGAGGAUGUCAUCAAGAUUGUCGAGGAUUUGACGCGAAUGCAUUGAAGUGAUCAUGAUUUUUGUUUUGCUUUAAUUUUAUGUAUAUAGGUAUAUGAAACGAAAACCGAUAAAACACACACACACAAAAUGUAUGUUUAGGUGUGGACUAAAACAUUGAUACCAUGUAUCCCCUGUGUAAUCCUGUAACAAAACAAAAAAAAAAAGAAAAAAAAAUUAAGGAAAACUCUUUUGAAUUCGUUUCGCACGCGAUUUUCUCGUUAAUGUGUUUGUUUUGCUCUCAAUGGACAUUGAUUAUAUAGAAAUUAUUAUAUGGUUUAUAUGCGCCCUUUCAAAGUUGCGCAAGUCAUGCAUUAUUUGAAUAAAAAUCUUAAAAUUUGAA